AGUUGAUGAUUAACACGUUUUAUUAAAAGUGCUGAUUAUUAUUUGGGACAGUUAUUUGAUAAGUGCGUAUUAAUGGCCUUCAAUUAGAAGCAACGUAGCAUUCUGAUGAAGACUGGAUCUCUAACUCAUAGUUGCACCAAACUUUUUCAUUCAUUCUUGAAGAAAUCUCAAUAUCUUUAAGCUUUUUAUAUGCACAAUACUUCACCAAUUGUUUCUUGUAGCUUCCAUCAUAACACAAAUGGAUUCAAAUUCAAUCAUUUGGUCUCUUCUUUUAGCUUCUGCUCUCAUCUCGUCCUUUAGUGUAAAUGCACAAGGACCUGCUGCUUCACCGGCAACCUCCACAACCACUGCUCCUCCUCCAACCACUGCUGCUCCUCCAACCACCACUGCUCCUCCUCCAACCACAGCUGCUCCUCCAACCACAGCUGCUCCUCCUCCAACCACAGCUGCUCCGCCUCCAACCACCACUACUCCACCAGUUUCAGCUACUCAGCCACCAGCAGUUACUCCAACUUCAUCACCGGCUCCAAAAGUUGCACCAGUAAGCAGCCCCGCUACUCCACCUCCGCAACCACCACAAAGCCCGCCUGUUUCAGCUCCAUCCGUCUCACCACCACCAGCACCGACUUCUCCCCCACCCGCACCAGCUUCACCACCACCUGCACCAGUAUCUCCACCACCCGCACCAGCUUCUCCACCAGCUUCACCGCCACCAGCACAAGCGCCUACACCUAUAAGUCUACCACCAGCCCCAGCACCGGCUCCUGCCAAGCACAAGAGAAAACACAAACACAAAAGGCAUCACCAUGCCCCAGCUCCAGCACCAAUUCCCCCAAGCCCUCCAUCUCCUCCAGUUAUAACAGAUUCACAGGACGCAGCUCCAGCACCAUCACCAAACACGAAUGGAGGAAAUGCCUUAAAUCAGCUGAAAGGAAUAUCAGUAAUGUGGCUCAAUACUGGACUAGGAAUCCUCUUUCUGCUGGCUAUGACAGCCUAAAAUUUCUCUUCUCUCAUAAUAUCACAUAUGUAUCGACUCGAACAGCUACAUUUUUCCCCAUGUAUACCAACACAUUGAUUCAAAAAUAAUACAUUCUUUUGUAUU